CUAUAGACGCAGGUUUGCUAGGGUUGCGUUUUCUUCUUCGCCUCCUUCGACGACGUUCCUUCCUGUCGGAUCUGAAGUCACACCUCCUCGCCGUUCUUCUGUUGGAUCGGAAGGAACAAAGACUACGGGAGCUUGCUCGUUGCGGAGGCAGCGAUCUUUCUUCCUUUCGCGCGCUUCUUCGGCCAAAUCCCGUAAAUCAGCCGAACUACGGAUUUAGUAAAUCCGGGAUUUACAGGAAAAAGAGGGAAACGGAGGAUUUAACUUGCUGUGAAAUUUAACAGUUCCCUUAGCUUAAAUCCUGCUCAAAUCCGGCAUCAAUCCUGUAUCCAAACAGCUCCUUCAGGUUUGCUUCAUCCCUCCUACUACCCUUUUACCCCAAUUUCUCUGAAACCUAGGGAUUCAUUUCCCGACCCAGAAGAAAGCGAUUGAGAGAUGGGAGGGCACGGAGGUCUCAACAUCCUUCCGCAGAAGAAGUGGAACGUCUACAACUAUGAGAAUCGCGAGAAGGUUCGGCUGGACGAAGAGGCCGCCGCCCGCGAAGAGCAGCUCAAGCGGGAGCAGUCUCUCCGCCGAGAUUUGGAAUUCCGCAUCGAGAGACUCCGACAAGCUCGAGGAUUGCCUAAUUCUACGUCCGUACUUUCUUCCUCGAAAUCUUCCACCGUUGAAGCCGAUUCCCGCCACAUUAAUCUUUUCGACGGCCUGAAGGGCCUAUCCUCCCUUGUUGACGUUGAGGAGGGUGGUCAAAGCGGGAUGAAACAGGCAAGGGAAGUGACGGAGGAUGCGGGUUCGAAGAGCGGUAAGAAGAGAAAGAGGGAGGAUGCCCCUGUUAAGGUGCCGCCGGAGGAUGAGAAGUACAAGCUGGGGUAUGGCCUGGUUGGGAAGGGUGUGGAGGCUCCUUGGUACGCUUCCAAGCCCUCGUUUUUAUCAUCUGAUGAUUUGGAAGAGGGUGCCGAUGGCAGGAGGUCUUUUGAGGCUGGCGUGAAUGGAGCGGGGAAGAAGAGUGGAGGGCGAAAGACGAUGGAGGAAUUGAGGGAAGAGCGGAUGAGGAGGGAGAAGAAAGAAAAGGAAAGAGAGAGGUCGCUUCUUGCUUCUUUGGGGAGAAAACGUGAUGACCGAGGGUUUUCUAGGAGGAGGGCGUAAGUUGUGAACCGAGAAGAAGGCAGCCUUAGUAGUUGAUGUUUUCUUUGCCCGUCUCCUGCUAAUGGGCUUAUUUUGUUUCAGAUGCCAUUUCUCGAUCAAUUGCAUGCAAAUUUUUAGCUUUUCAAUUUAGUUAAAAUUUCUGAGAAAGUUCAGAGCUUGCUUUAGGUCCCUCAUUAUUGCUUGUAAGUAAAAUACGAGGGACAUGUAGUCAGUUCUAUGAAGGAUACAAGCCCCUUGAUCAAUUCUUAAUGUUGACCUAGAUGUAUUUAUUUCAUCCAAAAUGUUGAGACCUAACUAACACUGAGAGCUUGAGGCAACUUUUAUGUCUGCUAUUUGUAAAUGUGCUAUUAUUUUUGCCUUCUACAA